AUGUCCCAACCAUCUGUUGACCCUCCCAUCUCCACGGUCCUGCCCUCCGACUCCUUCCAACUGCUCUCCGAAACCGACAAGGCCGGCGCGGCAGAGGAUGCCCUGUAUGAACAGCAGAUCAAGCAUGUCGAAGCGUGGUGGGCCAGUCCCCGAUACAAAGGAAUCAAGAGACCUUACACAGCCGCCGACGUCGUCUCGAAACGCGGUUCGCAGCUCCAGAGCUACCCGAGCUCGCUCAUGGCACGGAAGCUCUUCAACCUGGUUCAGGAGCGCAUUGCAGAUGGAGAGCCGAUACACACCAUGGGGGCAAUCGACCCGGUGCAGAUGACGCAGCAGGCACCGCACCAGGAAGUCCUCUACCUCUCGGGCUGGGCCUGCUCGUCUGUCCUCACGACGACGAACGAGGUCUCUCCCGACUUUGGCGACUACCCGUACAACACCGUCCCGAACCAGGUUCAGCGCAUGGCCAAGGCGCAAUCGAUGCACGACCGCAAACAGUGGGAUCUGCGCAGGAAAAUGACAGCCGAGGCCCGAGCAAAGACGCCAUUUGUGGACUAUUUUCGCCCCAUCAUCGCGGACGGCGAUACCGGGCAUGGUGGGUUGAGCGCCGUGCUCAAAUUGGCGAAGCUGUUCGCGGAGAAUGGUGCUGCGGCCGUACACUUUGAAGAUCAGUUGCAUGGCGGGAAGAAGUGCGGCCACUUGGCCGGCAAGGUGUUGGUACCCACCGGCGAGCACAUCAACAGACUACUCGCCGCUCGUUUCCAGUGGGAUGUCAUGGGAUCCGAGAAUCUAGUCAUCGCCCGUACCGACUCCGAAAGUGGCAAGCUUCUCUCAAGUGCCAUCGACGUUCGGGACCACGAGUUUAUCCUGGGUGUAGCAGAAGAAGGCAUCGUGCCUCUUGCCGAGACCCUGCAGGCUAUGGAGGCUUCUGGCGCAUCAGGCCCCGAAAUUGAUGCUUUCGAGGCUGACUGGGUCAAGAAGACCCGUCUGGUAUCCUUUGACGAGGCAGCUGUAGAACAACUGCGCGCCCAAGGUGUCCCGGAGGAAAAGAUCGGCGCCUACAUAAAGGCGGUAGAGUCAGACCCCAGCCUAGGCAUUUCGAAACGUCGCGAGCUUGCCAACCAACACGCCAACAAGCCCGUCUACUUCGACUGGGACGUACCGCGGACGCGCGAGGGCUUCUACCACUUUAGAGCCGGCAUGAAGGCGGCCACCAAGCGGGCCGUCGCAUUUGGCCCUUACGCAGACCUCCUCUGGGUCGAGACGGGCGAUCCCAAUGUCGAGGUGGCAUCCAAGCUAGGCCGCGCCGUGAGAGAGGUAUACCCCAACAAGGGUCUCGUGUACAACCUGUCCCCAUCCUUCAACUGGAUGUCGCAUGGGUUCACGAACGAGACUUUAAAGUCGUUCAUCUGGGACAUUGCGAAGGAGGGCUUCGUGCUGCAGCUCAUCUCCUUGGCCGGUCUGCACAGCACCGCCACGAUCACCAAUGAGCUGGCUAAGGAGUACAAGAAGGAUGGCAUGUUGGCGUACGUCAAUCUCGUGCAGCGGAGGGAGAAGGAGCUCGGGUGUGAUGUCUUGACGCACCAGAAGUGGAGUGGUGCAAGCUACAUUGACGGAAUACUUGGCGCUAUACAGAGUGGUAGCAGCGGUAGCAAGAGUAUGGGUGAUGGAAAUACCGAGGGCCAGUUUCACUGA